GGCCGCGCGACCUUGGCGCAGCGGUGUUGCCCGGCGCGGGUCGCCGAGUCCGUCGCGCAACUGGGCCCCCUGCCUGGCGACCUUCAGCUUUGGGCGGCCCUGCGGGAGCUCCAGGUGGCCGCCCCCUGGCGCCGGGGCGGCCGCUGGGGCCCGGGGUUUGUGAUCCCGGUGAUCGCGAUAUUCCAAGCAAGGUCUUGCCAGGGGCCGAAGUUCUGCAGCGGAGAAUUGGAUUUUGGCUUCGAGAAACCCUGCGUGGACCCCAUUCAUCGUGACCGCCGUCGGCAUGCAGCCUUGGUUUUACGUCUGCUCGACGUCAGAGCCAUCGAUCUAGUCGGCGACCCCAGCGAGGUGAUCGGCGAGAUUGGCUUCUUCAGCGUGUCCAAGAAGUGCGGGCGCCAGCGGCUCGCGGGCGACGCCCAGCCCGCCAUUUUCUGGUUCGGCGCGCCCGCCGGCGCGCGCCAGGCCACUGGCGCGGCGGUCGAGCUGCCCGACCGCGCCAACCUGUGGAUCGCUUCGGCGGACAUCGCCGACGCGUUCUACAAC